AUGUCUAUAAAUACAAUCAAAUCUCAUAAAAUUGAAGUACUUAAACAAGGAAUACCACAAAAAUAUCAUAGAUUUUAUCCAACAACAAAUAAAAUAUUUCGAUGUAUCAUUCAAUUGCAUUUUAUAUAGCAAAAAGUUUAGAUGGGUUAGUGAGACUUUUAUAAUAAACAUGCUAUCAAAAAUCAGAACAAUUUAUAGAUACACAAUAAAUUGUUUCAACAAGACGAUUACUUAAUACAUAAAAGACAUUGAUGGAAUUUGGUUUUGUUAAUGGAAGAAGCUCUCCUAUUAGAAAGAAUAAAUAGCUUCAAAAGAGCAGAUAAAAAAAUUAUAAAUUUCCUGAAUUAUAGUAUAAAAUAAGAAGAUUAAGUUGUGGAUGUGGGGAAUGUGGAAUAGUUGGACGAAAAAUUAGGAAAUUUCAUGAUAUUCUUAUUUUAAAAGUUUAAGAAGUUGGAGAAUAAGUGAUGGUAGAGAAUGGAAAGAAAUUAAAAGGAAUUUUUAGUUAAGUGGCUAAAAGUACAAAGGUAUGCAUGAAUUUGAAAACAUUAUAAAGAGAACAAGAAAGAGAAGAGAAAGUAGAGUUUAGUCCUGAGGCAAAAUCAAGUAUUUAAGAUUUUUAAUGUAAAUAAAUGUCUCGAAAGAUUAUUUAUUAAAACUAAAUGAAUCAACUACCAUUAAUAAAGAAACCUGAAAUGAAAGAUUAUAUGAGGAAAAUAAAUAACUUAAAUAAUCUUAUUGAAUAGACUUAACUGAUAUCUAGUUAAUCUAGUACUUUAAUAAGAAAUUCAGCACCAAAUUUAGAUGCAUUUGAAAAGAGACAAAAAGAGAGUCCAAUAUCAAAGAGAGAAUAAUCAAUUAAUAGUUCUAGAAAGAAAUAAAGUGUUUACUUAAUAAAAACAUCUUUGAAUGGAUUGAACUUAUAAAAGUUCAGAGAGUUUAAAAUAAAAUAAUGAAAUAUAUUAAAUUUUGGAAUUAAAGCAACGAUAUUGAAUAGUAAUCUGAUCCUUAAGAAAAAUCAGGGUUUGUAUCUAAGUUUUCUUAAUCUUUUAGAUUUCUAAAACCAUGUAAAAUUAAUAUAUAUAAUGAUAUAGAAACUGUAGUGACUAAAGUACAAGAUGUAUAAUAAGCAGCUAUGAAUUGGAAGAAUUUUGCAAUAUUUUUCAGUUUGGGAAUAUGUUUUAUAUUUGUGGCAUUUACAUUUUUACCAAUGAUUAUGUUAUUUCCAGCUAAAUUUGGAGGAUUAUUUAGUUUAGGGUAUGAUGUAUAUUUAAAGAGUAAAAUAGAUCAUUAAGUUUGUGGAUUUCAUUGUUUAUAAUAAAAGGAGGGAAGAACUUUCUAAAAAUGUUUUGUAACAAAGAGAAAUUCAUCUAUACUAAUAUUUAUGUGAUAAUGUUAUGUGGAACGGUAUAUUUCAGUCUAAUUCAUAAGAAUUAUAUUUUAGUGUUAAUUUUUUCAGUUGCAUAGGUAUUUGAAUAAUUAAAUAAUAUAGAUGAUUUCAUUGGGAUGGUUAUUUGCUUCUUCAUUUCCAGCUGGAAUCACUGGAAUGAAGUUCAUAUCAAAAUAAAUACUAGCACUAAUUACAAAGAUAAUGUCUUUUUGUUUUAAGUCUUAAUAAUCGAAUUCAUUUCUACCCAUUUGAGAAGAAUAAUAUUAAAUUGCAGU